ACGGAUAAUGAGCUAUUCUUGUACUAACACAGGCAAGAGCCAGGACCCAUCAAGCGCUAAGAAGUCCGGUGGUAAUAAGCAAGGCAAUUGCGGCGGUAGUAGCGGCGAAGCCAGCAGCAGCAACAGCCACAAUAACCGCGCUAGCCAGGCGACCGCGAACCCCAUUCCAGCCGAGGCGAUGAAAGUCAAGGUGGGCUGCAACACGGCAGACGUCGGGGUACCGGUCACCACGGAGGAGGAAUUGCUGGCAAAUACGAUAAUUACGCCCGAGGAUGUACUGGGUUUACAGAAGAUCACUCAAAACUACUUGUGUAAUCCUGAGGACAACGUGUUUGACAUCGACUUCACGAGAUUCAAGAUUCGAGACAUGGAGACAGGCACAGUCCUCUUUGAGAUUACCAAACCGCCCACGUCCAACAAAGGAGACAAGCAUGAUGUUGACCCAAAUGCAGGGCGAUUUGUACGCUACCAGUUCACCCCAGCUUUCCUGAGACUACGCCAGGUCGGAGCCACUGUGGAGUUCACGGUGGGCGAGCUACCCAUCAACAACUUCCGCAUGAUCGAGCGGCACUACUUCCGAGAGCAGCUACUCAAGAGCUUUGACUUUGAGUUCGGCUUCUGCAUCCCCAGCAGCAAGAACACCUGCGAGCACAUCUAUGAGUUCCCCGCACUGUCCGACGACGUCAUGCGCGAGAUGAUCCACCACCCUUACGAGACGCAAUCAGACAGCUUCUAUUUUGUGGACAACAAGCUGGUGAUGCACAACAAGGCAGACUACUCCUACAGUGGGGGGGCAUAG